AUGAGCGAUCCUACUCCCGUCAUCGAGGGCGUCUUUGCUCUCCGCGAUCUCCAAAAACACCUGAACCCCUCCAAAACAUUCGCUCCCUGGAUCCAACAAGAAAAGAACAAACGCGAAUCCGACGCCGCCCAACGAUUUGGCAAGCGUUCGCGCAAACAGAGACAACCAGUCCAAGUCAAGCUCGGUCAUGGCGGAACUCUCGAUCCUUUGGCCACUGGUGUACUGGUUGUAGGAGUCGGCAGCGGCACCAAGAAGCUACAGGGUUUCCUUGACUGCACAAAGGUAUACGAGACUGUGGUUGUCUUUGGCGCUGCAAGCGAUACCUACGACACUGAGGGCAAGGUCGUCAAGAGAGCUCCCUACCAACACAUUACCAAGGAUAUGGUCGAGGAAGCCCUUCAGAAGUUCCGCGGCGACAUCAUGCAGCGACCUCCCAUCUUCUCCGCUCUCAGGGUACAGGGCAAGAGACUUUACGAGUAUGCUAGAGAAGGCAAGGAAGUUCCUGUCGAGAUUCAAGAACGACCCGUCACAGUGUCGCAGCUGGAUAUGCUCGAGUGGUUGGUACCUGGCACACACAAGUACAACUGGCCGGAGAAGGAGGCCGAGGAAGAGGAAAAGAAGGCUGUGGACAAGCUCUUACCCCAGGUCGCAAAUGAGACCCAAGCAACCGCUGGCCAGGAAACUCAACCCGACACCGACGACUUGAAGAGAAAGAGAGAAGGCUCAGAUGGACCCGAGGCCAAAAAGAUGAAAAGCGAUGGAGCAGAAGCAGCAGACCAAGCACCCACAGUCGAUGCAGAUGCUGCGCCAGCAGAGAGAAAGCCAUGUCCAGCACCUGCAGCCCGCAUCAGAAUGACUGUCUCGUCGGGUUUCUACGUCCGCAGUCUGUGCCAUGACCUCGGUGCAGCUGUCGGCUCGCUUGGUCUCAUGGCCGCAUUGGAGAGAUCACGACAGGGCGAGUUUGAACUGGGCAGAAACGUGCUCGAGUUCGAGGAUCUGGAGAAGGGUGAGGACGUCUGGGGUCCCAAGCUCACAGGCCUAUUGGCACAGUGGGAACAGGACCAUCCUGAAGGCCAGGGCGGUCAUACACGCAUCACAGCCAAGAGGCAAGGAUCACCUGCUCCUGUCGCUGCUGCUGACACUGCAGAUCAACAGAAUCGCAGAAACUCGUCUUCGCCAGCAUAG